AUGGCUUCAUCAACAGCUGUGAAACAAAAAGGAAAAGGCAUUUCAAGACCAACAAAAAGUAUUGCAUCAGAUUUUGAUGACAAACCCUUAUGGAAUCAUGUUAAAGUUCUUCAGUUCCUCCUAAUGGAGGUGGAAACAGAGUGUGGUCUUAUCUCUGGUCAUGGCGUUGCUAUAUGCAAAGAGAUUACUCAUGAAGUAUGUGCAACAAUGAAGAUCGAGAACGAAGAAGCUGAAAAGAAAAAAACUGACGCACAACUGAAUGCAAGAAAAAAGGCAGAUUAUGUAUCUCUACCGGAAGGCUUAGACUUAUCACAACUGAAAAAAAGAAAAAGUUCAAAUGGUGGAGCACUAGAGAAAUCUUUUAACAUUUGUAACAGAAACAUUGCCGACAAGUUGGCGGCUCGUAUGUUCUACGCAUCAGGUUUAUUAUUUAACCUUGCAACUUCUCCUUACUAUAAAAAAUAUUCGGAGUUUUUGGCAGUAAAUUCUUUGCCUGGUUAUGUUCCGCCAACUUUUAAUAGAUUAAGAACAACUCUUUUGGCCCAAGAAAAGGCUCAUAUUAAUAGAAAACUACAACCUAUUAAAGAUACAUGGAAAAGAAAAGGAUUGUCGAUUUGUUCGGAUGGAUGGUCAGAUAUUAAAAGGCGACCAUUGAUAAAUAUAAUGGGAGCAUCUAGUGGCGGACCAAUAUUCUUAAAAUCAAUCAAUUCAAGUGGGAUUAUUAAGGAUGGUGAAUAUAUUGCUAAGUUAUUUAUUAAAGCCAUAGAAGAUGUCGAUGCAGAGAAUGUUGUCCAAGUUAUCACUGAUAAUGCAGGUAAUAUGAAGCUUGCCGGUUCUAUUGUUGAGCAAACUUUUUCGCACAUAUUUUGGACACCAUGUGUUAUUCAUUGUUUGAAUCUUGCUUUAAAAAGUAUGUGUCAACCUUCAGAAAAAUCAACUCACUUUAAAAAUUGUGAAUGGAUAUUAAAGUUGAUUGGUCAAGUGAGUAGCUUAAAGAAUUUUGUGGUGAAUUACGACAUGGCGCUUGCCAUUUUCCAAAAGUAUUCGGAGUUAUCUUUGUUGAAAGUUGCGGAAACAAGAUUUGCUUCCCAUAUUAUUAUGACUUCUCGUAUUCAUAGAGUUAAAUCGUCAUUGGAAAAAAUGGUGAUGGAUGACGAAUGGAAGAAUUAUAAAGGAGAUAAAGUAAUUGAAGCUAAAGCGCGCGAAAUAAAAUCUCUUGUGAUGGAUGAUGAAUGGUGGGAUACUAUUGAAUACUUGUUGAGGUGUACGGAGCCAAUUGUAUCCAUGCUUAGAAGUGUCGACCUUGAUUGUCCAAAAUUGUACCUUAUUUACGACAUGUGGGAUACAAUGAUUGAAAAGGUGAAGGUGAUUGUAUUUGAGCAUGAGGGAAAAGAUCUUAUUACCGGCCAAUCGAAUUUUUUUGCUACAAUUCAAGGAAUUCUUGUGGCAAGGUGGAAUAAGAGUAAUACUCCAUUGCAUUGCAUGUCACAUUCAUUGGUUCCAAAAUAUUAUCAUGAGUCAUGGCUUAAAGGUGAAAGCAACGGAUUAAGAAGACUUGCUCCUAAUGAAGAUAUAGAGAUUUCACAAAAUAGGCUCAAAUGCUUUCAAAGAUAUUUCAAGGAUUCAAAUGAUUUAAAGAAAGCUUCUUUGGAGUAUGGGGAAUUUUGUUGUGGGAAUGGUUACUUUGGUGAGCCUCAUGUAAUUGAUGCUAUGGGGUAUGAGGAGCCUUUAUCUUGGUGGGCUAACCAUGGUGUAAAUGCUCCACUUUUACAAAAUCUUGCUUACAAAUUGCUUUCCCAUACAGCUUCUUUAUCUUGUUGCGAGAGAAAUUGGAGUACUUUUUCAUUGAUUCAUAGCAUCAAGAGAAACAAGCUAGCUACUUCUAGAGCCGAAGAUUUAGUUUUUAUCCAUUAUAAUCUUCGCUUGCUCUCUCGAAGAAAGGAAAAGUAUACAAGUGGUCCAAGCAAAUAUUGGGAUUUAGGUGGGGAUUAUUUUAAUAUUGAUGAAAGUAUCAAUGAUCUAGUUGAAUUGUCAAUAGACGAACCUCAACUAGAAGGAGUCUUCUUUGAAGAGGAAGUUCAAGAUUUGCAAGAAGUUGACAUUGAAGAGAUUGAGGAAGAUGACCUUUGA